AUGUCUCAUCACAUAUAUAGCAAAGUACCUCGAAUAUUUAAGAGGAAAUUUCAAGUUUUUCUCGCUAUAGGACUUUGUAUAAUCAUAUCUUAUUCUGUAGUUGCAUGUUCAUCAUUUUUAAUCACAUCUUCAAGAUCAGAAAAUAUCAUAUCAUCAACAUUAAAACAUUCACAAUAUUUUAAAGAUAUAUUAUCUCUUGGUGAUGAUAAUUAUUAUGAUGAUGAAAAUAGUCGAUUUUCAGAUGAAGAUGGACUUGAUAAUUUAAAUUCUUUUGCUGUAAAAGAUCCUGAUAAUUAUUUUAAUAAAAAAGUUGAAGAUUUAUAUCAACAAAAAAUUGGAACUGAUUUAGAACAAAAAUUUUGGGUAUUAGAUGUUGAUAUUACUAAGGAUUCAAGAGUUGAAAUCCCUAGUUAUUUCUAUCAAAUAAUUAAUGAAAAUCCUGAACAAGAUCAACCAGAUACUUUUAUUGGUACCACUCAUGAUAUUGAAAAUAGAAGAUCUCCAAAACCAAUAAUUCAACCUUUUGAUCCAAGAUUCACUUUAGGUAUUUAUUAUCAUUAUUUAAAAAAGAAUUAUCCUGCUGCCCAAUAUGGUUUACAAGUUCCGUUUAAUUGGUAUGAUUGGGUUGAUUUAUCAGCCUUAAAUCCUUAUUUAUUAGCAUCAUCAGCUGAUUUAAACCGUCCUAGUUGUGAUUUAAUCGAUUCUAGACAAGAUGAAGAAAGACUUAAUGCAGCAAAAGAUGCUGAAAAAAAGGAAAAUGAUCGUAAAGUAAAAAUCUUAAAAGGUGAGGAUCCUGAUGCUGAAGAACCAACUGAAGAAGAAAUACAGAAACAAGAAGAAGAAGAAGAAAAGAAAAAACAAGAAGAAGAAAAGAAGAAACAAGAAGAAAAGAAAAAGCAAGAAGAAGAAAAGAAGAAACAAGAAGAAGAAAAACCAAAGGAAGAAGAUAAACCAAAAGAAAAACGUCAUUUAGUUAAACGUGGAAAUGCAGAAGAUGCCAAUAGAUUCUGUAUCAAUGAUGAAAAAUUACCUAGUAAUCAUAAUGAUGGCCAUGAAGUUCAUCCUGGUUUUAAUGCUUUUGGUCGUGAGGGUAGACUUUCAGAACAAAAAUCUAUCUUAGCCGGUCAAUCAUAUCUUUAUUCAUUUGCUCCUCCUCCUUCUAUGAUUUUAUUCUUAACUAAAGAUGGAUCUUAUAAUGUUACAAUUGAUACUGAAAAUAAUAAACCUUUAAUUGAUAACGGAUUAGUUGAACAAUAUAUUGCUGAUACAAAUAAUGAUCAUGUUGAUAUUCUUCAAGAAUUUUUAUCCUUAACUAAAGAAAUUGAAGUUAAUAAACAUCGUGUUUUAACUGCAUAUGAAGUGGAAUUAGAUGAAGAAUCAUUUUAUAUUGAUUUUGAUAAAUUAACUGAAGAAUAUGAAAAAAAUAUUAUGAAUUUAAAACCAAAUGAAAGAAAUUAUCUUGAAGGAUUAAAAUAUUCCAAAUUUAAACUUGAUCAUGGUGGUCCACCAAAAUAUUUUGAAGAAGCAAGAUUAAUUGAAAGUCAAACUGGUGAUCAUUAUGAUUGGAGAUUUUUCCAUGGUUUAAUGUAUGGAAGUUAUGAUCAAACUUUAGUCUUACAUAGAUUAGUAAGAACUUGGUUAUCAUUUACUAGAAAAUCAGGUAUAAGAACUUGGGUUGCACAUGGAUCAUUAUUAAGUUGGUAUUGGGAUGGUAUUGCCUUUCCAUGGGAUAAUGAUAUUGAUGUUCAAGUUCCAAUAAGUGAUUUACAUAAAUUAUCCCUUGAAUUUAAUCAAACUAUAAUCGUGGAAGAUCCUGAAGAUGGUUUCGGUCGUUAUUUCUUAGAUUGUGGUACUUUUAUAACUCAAAGAAAUAAAGGUAAUGGUAAUAAUAAUAUUGAUGCAAGAUUUAUUGAUGUUGAUAGUGGAUUAUAUAUUGAUAUUACUGGGUUAUCUGUUAGUGAUAAUCAACCUCCACAAGGGGAUAGAAAUAGAUUACCCGAUGGAUGGAAAACUCCUUCUGAUGAAGAUAGUGAAGUUAAAUCUUGGGUUGAUACCAAUCUCUAUUUGAAAGUCUAUAAUUGUCGUGAUAAUCAUUUUUAUCAUAUUGAUGAAUUAAGUCCAUUGAUUAAAACCUCAAUUGAAGGUGAAAUUGGUUAUAUUCCUCAUAAGUAUCCACAAAUUUUAAGUCAUGAAUAUAGAGCUGGAUUAAGAGAUAAAAAAUAUAAAGAUUAUAUCUUUUUACCACAAUUAAGAAUAUGGUUACAUGAAAUGGAUUUAUAUUAUUUCAUGAAGGAUAAAGAAGUUUGGAAUAAAUAUCAUAAUUAUAAUUUGAAUUAUAUUGAAGCACUUCAAGAUCCUGACUUUGAUGGAGAUGAAAAGCUUAUCUUUAAAGAUUUCCAAUAUGAAUUAACUGAAGAAGAAUUGAGUAAAAUCAAAUUAAAUAAUGAAUUGAAUCAAAAAGCUCAAGUUAAAGAUUUCAAAGCUCAUAAAAUCGAAUUAACUGGUAAAGAUAUUGAUGCCGUUUAUAAAUUGAAUUAUGAUGAAAUUUUGGAUUUAUUAAAUAAAGAUGAUAUAUUUAUGAAUUUUUAUCAAAGUAAAGAAUUCACUGCAUUCCAUGAAAACGAAAUAAUGAGAUUAUCAUUUGGAAAAUCAACUGCAUCAUUAAUCAAUGGAGCUCCUGAUUUCAAACCAAUUCGUUAUGAUCCAUUCUUAUAUAAAAUGAAGAAUGAAUAUACCACUUAUGAAAAUGAAGUUGCAAGAUAUAUGCAAUUAUCUGAAAGUUAUACUCAAAAUGAAAAGGAAAUUGAAAACGCCAAUAGACAUGAUUAUACCUAG